UCACAUGUAAAUGAACCGUCGUUUAAACCUCGUACAUGCCCCCUCCUCGGCUCAGUGUGUGUGUGUGUGUGUGUGAGAGCCAUCUGUCUCCACCAACGAGUUGUAACGGCUCUCUGGAUUAAACACCACCAGUAACCACCACCACCCUCAGUCCAGUCCAGUCCUGUCCGGCAGCAGCCAGUGGGCUUUAGGCAGCAGCAGCAGUAGCUUCAACAACAACAUGGCCCCCACGCGUAACAACGCGCACGAAAUGGAUGUAAACGAGAAUAAUCACUACAGUGGGGCGAAUAAGACUGACAGAAAGAUGAGGAAACCUCUGGUGGAGAAGAAAAGAAGAGCUCGCAUCAAUGAAAGUUUACAAGAACUACGAGUUCUCAUCGCGGACGCAGACUUGCAAUCAAAGAUGGAGAAUGCAGAGGUCCUGGAGAUGACAGUCAAACGAGUGGAGAGCAUUCUGAAAAACCGGGAUCAAGAGGUGACUGCCGUGAACCGGGAGGCAUGUGAGCGCUUUGCAGCCGGCUACAUCCAGUGCAUGCACGACGUGCACACGUUUGUGUCCAGCUGCCCUGGGAUUGAUCCCACGGAAGCGGCGGAGCUGCUCAACCACCUCCUGGAAAGCAUGCCCUUGAACGACGAGGAGCGCCUGCGGGUGAUGUUGCCAGACGCCUUAGCGGACUAUCCCAGAAGCGACAGCUCUUGGUCCUUGUCUGAUAGCAUGUCCCCAGCCCCGUCCACCGUCUCCACCGAUGACCUCUGCUCUGACCUGGACGAGACUGACUCGGAGCAAAGCCACGUUUCUUCGUCAGAGGAGGCCGACGGCCAGGAUGUUCUCGCCUACUUGCCUUCUCUAACUUACUCCAAGUCCGUGUGGAGACCCUGGUAGACCAUCUGAAAAGAAGCUGUGUGUUUUAGACUCAAGUAGCCGAUUGAAUUGUUUGUGUUAGGAUGUUGUUUAGGCUUCGCUGCAGGACAAAAAAACUGAAAAUUGUUGUAAGGGAACAGGAAAAGCUCUUUUUAGAAUUAUCCAGGAUCUACAAUUACUAAACUAAAACGUAUUUAAUAAAUAAAGUAUGUCAUUAAUGUUGCAUUGGAGAAGAUGGGGUCUUCAUUUGGAAAUGUAUUGGCCCUUGUAUGGGCCUGCCUUCUGUGAAGGGGGUAAAUGCAUAUGUAAAUAUUUACUUGUUGAAUAUCAUUGGCUUGUAUAGGAGUUAGAUGUCCCACUAGGAUCGAAUUGUUAGCCGUGUGUAAAUUAUUUCUGAUGUAGUCGUGUUAAUUAUACAUGUGUAUUGGCCGCAUCCAGUUUCCUCAGGUUUAAACUUUUCAUUAAAUAUCACUUCGACAAAC